CAGGAACAGCAACAGCAGUAGAAGGAGCAUCCAACAGUAGAACAGCCGGAACUAGCACACGAUCCAACAAACAUGGCGCAACCAUUGAAAUUCUAUUUUGAUUUCCUGAACCAAUCCAGUCGGGCACUCUACAUAUUUCUGGAGGCCUCCAAGAUACCGUUCGAGGCGAUACCCAUAUCGAUGCUCAAAGGCGAGCACUUGACUGGAGAAUUUCGGGACAAGGUUAACCGGUUCCGCAAGCUGCCGGCUAUCACCGACCAUGGCUACCAGCUGUCGGAGAACGUGGCCAUCUUCCGGCAUCUGGCGCGGGAGAAGCUCGUGCCGGAGCACUGGUAUCCACGCCGACAGCUCGGCCGCAGCCGCAUCGACGAGUACUUGGCCUGGCAGCAGACGAACAUGGACGUGGCCUGCACGGACUACUUCCAGCAGAAGUGGCUGGUGCCGUAUCUGCAGAAGACGCGUCCAGCGGAGAAUGCGGUGAAUGUGGCUGGCAAGCAGCUGGAGCACACGCUCAACGAUUUCGAGCAGCUUUUCCUCAAUUCGCGCAAAUUCAUGAUGGGGGACAACAUCUCGUUUGCCGAUCUCAGUGCCAUCUGCGAGAUCGAUCAGCCCAAGUCCAUUGGCUUCAAUGCCUUCCAGAACCGCAACAAGCUGGCCCGCUGGUACGAGGCUGUGCGCGACGAGCUGGGGCCCUACUACAAGGACGUUCACGGGGAGUUCGAGGCCAAGCUGAAGCAGAGCAGCAGCGGCAGCAGCAGCAGCAGCAGUAGCCAGGGGCAGCAGGGCGUGGCCCAGGCCCUGAAGCAGUAAAGAGCCUCCAGGACCCACCACCCCACAAAUCUUGAUUAGUUUUAACGAUUAUUAAUUAUUAACUACCUUUUUUUUGCACAGUCUAUUAUGUGUAUUCUUUUCCCUUUUUUUUUUUGCAAUUCCCCCCCUACUACGCCUUUCCCCCCAUCCCUUUCGAUCUAUGAUCUAUUUAGUAUUUAGUUGUUAAAUAUCUUAAUUAUCCAUACAUAAAGUACGCUUACGAUUGUUUAACCAAAA